GAGACUUCAUUUCCCAUGCGGCGCGGCGGCGGGGCAGGCGAUGUCCGCCAUCUUACCGCUCCCUCCUCCCCCGGUGCGGCCGGAUUGAAUGAGCUUGCUGCCCGCGAGCUGAGCGCCAUGUCAGGCACCCCGAUCCGCGGCACCCCCGGCGGGACCCCGCUGUCGCCGACCCGCAUCUCCCGCCUGCAGGAGAAGGAGGAGCUGCGGCAGCUCAAUGACCGCCUGGCCGUCUACAUCGACCGCGUGCGGGCGCUGGAGCUGGAGAACGACCGGCUGCUGGUGAAGAUCUCCGAGAAAGAGGAGGUCACCACCCGCGAGGUCAGUGGCAUCAAGAACCUCUAUGAGUCUGAACUGGCUGAUGCUCGAAGAGUUCUGGAUGAAACCGCCAAAGAGAGGGCAAGGUUACAGAUUGAAAUAGGAAAACUGAGGGCUGAACUCGAGGAGUUCAAUAAAAGCUACAAAAAGAAAGAUGCGGAUUUGUCUGUUGCUCAAGGUCGCAUUAAGGAUCUUGAAGUACUCUUCCAUAGAAGUGAAGCAGAACUCAAUACUGUCCUGAAUGAGAAACGCAGUCUGGAAGCAGAGGUGGCUGAUCUGCGUGCCCAGCUUGCUAAGGCUGAAGAUGGUCAUGCUGUGGCUAAGAAGCAGUUGGAGAAGGAGACACUCAUGCGUGUGGACCUGGAGAAUCGGUGCCAGAGCUUGCAAGAGGAUCUGGAUUUCAGGAAGAAUGUGUUUGAGGAGGAGAUAAGAGAGACAAGAAAACGACAUGAGCAUCGUUUGGUCGAAGUGGACACUAGUCGCCAACAGGAGUAUGAAAACAAAAUGGCUCAGGCCCUGGAGGAUCUGCGAAAUCAGCAUGAUGAGCAAGUCAAGCUGUACAAAAUGGAGCUAGAGCAGACCUAUCAGGCUAAGUUGGACAAUGCCAUUCUGGCCUCUGACCAAAACGACAAAGCUGCUGGUGCUGCUCGGGAGGAGCUGAAGGAGGCUCGCAUGAGAAUAGAAUCUCUCAGCUACCAACUUUCUGGCCUUCAGAAACAGGCUAGUGCAGCAGAAGAUCGCAUUCGUGAGUUGGAGGAAAUGAUGGCUGGUGAACGGGAUAAAUUUAGGAAGAUGCUUGAUGCCAAGGAGAGGGAGAUGACAGAAAUGAGGGACCAGAUGCAGCUGCAGCUUACAGAAUACCAGGAACUGCUUGAUGUGAAAUUAGCACUGGACAUGGAAAUCAGUGCUUACCGAAAACUCCUGGAAGGAGAAGAGGAAAGGUUGAAGCUCUCUCCAAGCCCCUCGUCCCGUGUUACUGUCUCUCGAGCUACCUCCAGCAGCAGCAGUAGCAGUACUUCACUUGUGCGCUCUUCACGAGGCAAGAGACGACGGAUUGAAGCAGAGGAGCUUUCAGGCAGCGGAACGAGUGGAAUUGGCACUGGAAGUAUCAGUGGCAGCAGUAGCAGCAGUAGCUUCCAAAUGUCCCAGCAGGCUUCAGCUACAGGAAGUAUCAGCAUUGAAGAGAUAGACCUGGAGGGCAAAUAUGUUCAACUGAAGAACAACUCAGAGAAGGAUCAGUCUUUGGGCAACUGGAGACUGAAAAGACAAAUCGGAGAUGGAGAAGAAAUUGCUUACAAAUUUACUCCGAAGUAUGUCCUCAGGGCUGGGCAGACUGUAACAAUCUGGGGUGCAGAUGCAGGUGUAUCUCAUAGCCCCCCUUCUGUUCUCGUGUGGAAGAAUCAAGGCAGCUGGGGCACUGGAGGAAAUAUUCGCACAUACCUCGUGAACUCUGAUGGAGAGGAAGUUGCGGUGAGAACUGUUACUAAAUCAGUCGUCGUGCGGGAGAACGAAGAGGAAGAGGAUGAAGCAGACUUUGGAGAGGAGGACCUUUUCAACCAACAGGGAGAUCCCAGAACAACUUCUCGAGGAUGCUCAGUGAUGUGAAGAAAGAAGAGAAAAAAAAAAAGAAAGAAACUAUUACUUGCUAUUUUUUCCAUUUAUUUCCUUUUAUUUUUGCUAUUUUUUUUUUUCCUCCAGAGCCACUGAAAACUAUUUUUAUACGUAUCAUCUGAUUUCUUUGAUGAUUACUCCUUGGUACAUUUUUAUAUAAAAAAAAAUCUAAAAAAAAAAACCUUUACUGAACAAAACUGCCAGAAUUUUUAAUAGAUUUCUUAAUUUCUCUCUCUUUGUUGAAACACUGUAUUGGAAUAAUUUUUUUCCCUAUACAGAGUUUAAAGUCUUAUGCACAAACCUGCAGCAGAAAAGAAAUUUUUAGCUAAAAUGGGACAAGACUCCUUGAGUGUAUGGUAAAUCUGUACUUUGUGCGUAUAUAAGCAGGAUAACAUUAAAAAAAAAAACAAAACAAAACCAAGUUUAAGAAGGGAUGUUUAUCUGCAGGGCCUCAGGAGAGAUUGGUGAUAGUGUUUUCUCUAUCCUUUAAGAAAUGAUAGUAUCUUGUGAGCGCCCAGCUUGGAAAAAUUAGGCCCCAAAUUCAUUAGAAAUACUUCUCCACCAAUGGAAGUAAUUAAAGGUAGCUGCAUUUUAGACAGGUCUUGGCUCAGGACCAUGGAUUUUUGUCCUACUCCAGGAUUUGACAGCCUGGUGUAUGAACAUCUGAAUCCUGUCAGUGCUCCAGCUCCAUGUCAUUAUUUCAGAAGACGGAGAGCGAUGGCUUCUGCUGUCUGAAGACACCAUCUUAAUGUAUGGGAGUGUCAAAAACAGACUUCUAAUUGUGUUUUCAAAGGAUUUUGACAUUGUAACAAAUGAGAUCUCGUUAAAUUGUGAAUGCAAGUUGUGAUGUAUAGUAUUUAUGAUGUUAAGCAUCAUGAUUUAAUGAUUUUGACAUAUUCAGCAUUGAACAGAAUGACUAAGAUUUUAAUGUUGAAAAUAUUUUUACUUCUGACAAUGAUAAAUAUUUGGGGUUUUAAAGGUUAUCCUGUGUAAAUGUUGAUUUUUUUUUUUUUAAAUCAGACCUAAAUGCAGCUUGUUCAUACUUGUCUUAUAUUCGGAGGGACAUUGUCAGAUACAUUAAGCAGCGUUUGCAGAAUAGUACAGAAAUAGUUGAGUGACAUUUUUGAGAGUUACAAGGAGCUGCUGUUGAUGUGGACAGAAGCAUUACUUGGCAGUGUUCAGAUCCUCGAAGUAACAGUGAGUGACGUGAACCAUCUUUUUUUAUAUAAACAGCGCUUUGUAUCAGUAGCAGAUGGUUUUUGUUUCAGGAUGAUGACUUCUGUAUCUGACAGCGUCCCUUUGGCUUAAGGUUUCCUCUGCUGCACUUCUGUGGAGGUAGCUGUGACUCUCUGAAGGUCAGCAUUCAGAUAGUGCAUCGUCAAGCGCCAGGAAGAAUACUUGACUGCUCCAAAGAAUGUAUUGGCUACUGUCAAGCUGAUAGUUUUUUCCACUAGUUCUUAGAUACUGUUUGAUGGCAGCACAGAAUGCUGUUGUUACCUGCACUCUUGAGCUCUGAUCCUGUCAUUCGAGUAGUUUAGACUCAUCAAACAAGCGGCGAGGUUUGGAUGUUUUCGGUGGCUUUUGGACAUUAUGUUCUCUGAACAAUAUUAUGACUGACAGAUAUAACCUAGGAGGUCAGUUUAGUGGCUUUGACUGAUGGCUUUGCAGUGCAAGCAGGGUGGGAACAGAAGUGAGAUUUUGAAGCUUAGGCGUGUAUUUUGCCAUCUGAAAAUAAAUUCAAGAUGCUACUUUUCUCUGUUUGGGUGGGAUGGUUUAAUUACUGAAGUUAAUGAGCGUAGUUCUAAUCUUGUAUUAGUUUGCCAGGCACUGCGUUGCAAAAAGCAGCUGGAAGAUUUGGCUGUUUGGGCUGAAGGGGUCAUUCCAUGGGUAUCAUUGGCCAUUUUUCAACUGUAAUUUUCCCACUCUGCUUGAGUAGAAGGUGAAAUAUGUAGUAAAUCAUGUCUCUCUCUCUCUGUAAAGUGUAUCUAAUGAAAUUAUGUUUCUCAGACAUACCGUUAACCAAUUGCCUUUUCUAAAUUUGUUGUUAUACAAAUGGAUGCAAUCAGUUUAAAAGUAUUUUCGCAGUGCACCUUCCAACCACUGGGCAGCAUUUCCCUUUCUGACCCACAGCUUCUAUCACACACUCACAUCAUGUUUGAGAGCUUUUUGCAGUUUUUCCUUAAGACCUCUAUUUAUUUUUUUUUUUUCCACAUUGGCCAGUUUUCAGAUUCCUUAUUCUCCUUGAAGAUUUUCCUGUAAAUAUGAUUGCUCUGUGAUCUUAAAUACUAAAGAAAUGAAUGUGCUUUUUUUUCUGUAAAGAAUUGGCAGAAAGGCAGCUUGAAUGAGGGGGAACCUCUUGCUACCUGAGCCACUGAUUUCUUAAUACCUACUGUAUGGGAAAUGUGUCGCCUCGUAGCCUUAAGGAGCGGUGUUUGCCGGUGUUUUAUCUUACACCCCUCAGUGACAGCAUGCAGAAUUUCUCCUUGGGUUUAGAACCGUUUCCCGUAGCUUUGGAAACACUUGCUUUUCUUUAUUCAGCAUGUGGAGGUGCUCACAGAAAGCAGUGAUGUGGGAGAAGCUGAAUUCAGCAGCCUAAGUGUUGGUGAUUCACAGCGCUUUCUAAAAGGCUACUUACAGUUGGAGAAAGAAUUCCUCGCUGUAAACUACAAGACACAGAAAAACUACUGUAUUCCACUUGUUUUCUUUGUGUGUGUCUGUCUUCUUCAGACAAAGUUCCUUCCUCUUGCUUUUGAUGCUGAGCUUCAGCAUAACUUUAAGUUGGUGCUCUGCACUGGGAGUUGUGUUUUUUUUUUUCUUUUUUGCUGUACUGAACCAAAAAGCAUUGGUGCUGCUUGUUCUCUUCAUCAAGGAUUUCCUCUUUUCAUUUUCAGGACAAUUGAAAUGUUCUGUUCACAUAAAAUCCAGCGUCACCUUGCUCUCCUUUCCUGUGUAGUCCUGCAGGUGAGCCACCUCUCAGGAAUUUGGAGGAUAGUCAGCAUUUCUGCUCCGUUGUCUGAUACCAGGUGUGGAGCUUGAAGGUGACGUACAUUGGACUUGUCAGGAAGAAUGCUUUUAAGGCUUCUCUGGUGGGAGAAGUUGAUCAGUGCAGCUCAUGUCAGAGUAAGUGUUUGAGCGUAACCACCCAUAGGAAUGUUCUUACUUCAGAAGUACAAGCAGCUUUAUUCUGGGUGAAACAGUGCAAAUGAGUCCUGAAUAACUUACACUGGGGGGUCAGGGAGAAGGAAUAACGGCAUAACUACAGAAAAAUAGUUAAGCCGAUCUUUUAAUUGUGUAGAUGGUGAGCGUAUUCUAUACAAUACUGCUCCUAAGUUUGCAGAUGCUCCUGCUGGAACAAAGGCAUCCUGCAGAGCACGGUGGGGCUCUGCGGGGCUUCUGGGCUUUAUGCUUCCCCCACGCUUCUGUCUUUGUUGCUUUAGCUGUUGUGUUGCAGUGACUUAUUCCAAGCAGUGGAGUGGCUGUGAUUCCUUUGUUGCUGCACACCUUUAGCUCGCGCUCUGUGCACGUGGGCUGCUUCAGGCCCACACGUUUGCCCUGACAAAACCAGCAGUUGACGCGUUGCUCACUUGUCCUCAGCACCCUUCUGCUGUUCGAUGGGUGCCAGCUGGCAUCGUUUGUGUUUGUAGCAGGAACCAAUAGCCUCAGGAAGAAAACAAACAUCUGCUUCCCAUGGACUGUAAUGUAAAAGCCAGACGAGCUGGUCUGCAGCUCACGUUAGUCACAAAAACCAUAUUGCAGUGCGAAGCAGACCAUACUGUGAAAGGAGAUUCCCUUCAUGUGCACGUUUAUCCUCGAGCAACAGGACACCUCAUGUUCAGUUUAGGGAUCGUCAUGUUUUUUAUACACCCUUUUCCUUCUUGUAAUCCUGUGUGAAGGCCUUUUAGCUGCAGCCUGAGCAGGGGUUGGUUGGAAGAGGCUCGUAGAAAUCCUCUUUACACCCUGGAAUGUUUGAGAAUCUUUUGUGUGUACGAUUUUGAUCUGUAAGAUUUUGAUGCUGUAUGCCAGCGCUCUGUUUUGCAUGCCUUGUAGCCACUUCUCUCCCUUCCUUAAGCCAUUCAUUCUCUGUCUUCUUCUUAAUUUCUUAUCUCUAAACAAAGGCUUAUCCGUAUUCCAUUGGGUUUUCAUUGCCACUGCUGGGUCCAAACCCCGAGCCCUGUGCAAGCAGGGGACAAAGCUUUGUUGUCAACCAGUGAGUGGAAGGUGAGAUAGUGAUUGCAUUUUUGAAUCAUUGUUUUAGAUGAACGGCAGGACAAAUGAGAGAUUGUCAUUUGUCUGAUGUCUAAAAUGGCCUGGGAAACAGAAUUUUUAAUUGCCCUUCAAUGUGCUUAGCUUUAAACCACUUUAAAAUAAUUUAAGUGUUUGUUUUUUUUUUAUACAAAAUCAUAUUUACAUGCAAUUAUCAUUUGUAAGCAUAAUGCCUUUCUUGAAAUGCUAAGGUCUAGAGAGUGAAUAGGACUCUUAAUGUCAAAAGACUCCGUUCAAAACCACACGAGCAGCAAAUGGACGCGGAGUUCAGGAAUAAAGUUCUUAUUGGACUUACAAAUUUUCCUGUUGGCUGUUACCGAAGUGAUGAUCCUUUGUAAGGUAAAUGCUGCUGUGUAUCUCAGCUGCCCAGGUCUUCAUCACACUAAAAUCAUGAGCAAUAAGCUAUUUUAAGCAAGGUCAGGCCAAAAUGCUUUACAUUUGGGCACAGCGAUACCUUCUUCGUUAAACUCUCUUUUCGUAACGAUGAUGGUGAUGCCUUGAAUUGUGGAUUUAGUUUUGCAUCGCAGCUCGCUCUGCUCGCUGGGCAGUGUCACUGCCUGCAGCCAGCCCGUUUUCAGAAGGCUCGGGUUUUAUUUUAAAAGAAGGAAUUGUGAGAAAAGGCACAAAUUGGAAUGCAAACACAAAAGGAUGGGAGUGUUCCAUGGAGCUCAUGAAAACUGCGCAAUGAUCUAGACUUUACCAUUUCAAAAUGUUGUGGUUUUAUUUUUAUUUUUUUUUUUCUUUUUAGAAUAUGCAUGCCAAAUGUCUUGUCUUUUUCAAUGAUUUGUAAUAUACAUUUUAAGACUGGAAACUUUUUGUACAACACACUCAAAUAAAUGUUUUGCAUUUUA